GACUGUAGUCGUAAAAAAGUGAAAGUGCAGUGUAACUGUGUUUUAAUUCGAUAAAAAUGGAUUUGAAUAAAGAAAAUAAAAUUGGUAUCAAGACAACUUCAAGAAUCCCGUUACCAAAGGAACCUCUGCCGAAGAUCCCAAAACAGGUACUGCAGAAAGAAGUACGGUUACCCCUAAAGAACAUCCAAAGCGAAACGACGAACACCGCCAACGUCGAGAAAAAAUGUCCAUUGAAAAUAGACUCAACACACGUCACAGUACGAAGAACAGAAGAACUAGACUGGGAUUUCAAAGUAUUUAAGGACGAAAAGUAUGCCUUGCCUAAUGCUGGUCCAUCGGAGAAAGACGUAAAAAUAACGCCGCUGAAAUCCCCGUUGGCUGUGAACAGGAUAAAGAAUAUAAAGAAAAGUCUGAAGCGACCACACAGCAGGGAACUGCUAGGGCUUUCGCCUGAGCCCAGCCAGAAGAAAGAAGGAAACUUCAAAAGACGGUUAGAGUUUAAAAAUGUUGAUGAAAGACUGCAUUUGUCUGAUGCUUUGUCCAUGACAUACAUGACGUGUUUGACCCAAGACUACAACAGUGACAUGUUCACUUACCUGCUGCACGCUGAGAGGAGGAGUGCUGCUCCCCGCAUGGGCUCCCGACCUCGGGCCUGUGUCAUCAAUUGGAUCAUGAAGGUCAACGGUAACGGCAAUCCAGCGGUCGUCCAGUCCGCCGUAUCAUACAUGGACGCGCUGCUGGCGACGAGACAGGUGGACGCGGAGCACCUGCAGCUGGUGGCAGCCGCCUGCUUCUGGCUGGCCCAGAAGAACCUCGGGUCCUACAUGAGCGCCAGGAGGCUGGUCAGAGCCUCCAGUCAAGCUUUCUCUGUCACCAAGCUUGUGCACGCCGAGAGAACGAUACUUAAGCUGUUGAGGUUUCCUACAACGCCCAUCGUACCCCAGGACUUCAUCUCCUACUUAUCCUGGAGUUGCGAGUCCUCCAAGCCUGCGGAGGUGGAGGCUGCAGCCACGUUCAUCUGCGAGGCAGCACUCAUGGCUGACAAAUCCAUGUGCAACGCUUACCCAUCAGUAAUCGCCGCAGCAGCCGUUAGGAAUGCCAUGCUGUGGCUUCGCCGAAGCCUGCUGAAGCUGCAUGGUAAUGUUGUAUACCAAAUCGCUGAAUCAAAGGCACAGGACUUCAGCUACGUGUGUUGGGCGCAGAAGAAGGCCGUAUGCAAUAUGUCGGACCCUCAAUGGAAGUUCAAAGCGCCUCUCGAGAAAUAUGGGACACCUCCUCAGUUCGUCGCUCAAAGAAUAGUUAGUGCCGCCACUGAAAUUCAUGAAACUUUAAAAAACUUAUAACACUCUAUGGUCUAUGCAAACGAAUUACGUCUGUAUUAUGGUUGUAUAAUGGGUGUAUUAUGGGUACUGUAUAUUUGUAUUAUAGCAAUAAACUGGCGAGCAAUAAAAGCUUAGGUGUUAUAACUGCGGAGAUAUUAUGAAAAAU